AAAGAAAAAGAGUUUCAACUCGACCAUAUCUCCCAAUUCAUUAUAAACCCCCACAAACAAUGUUGAGCCCUAUAACCCGCCAGCUCGGUUUGACCGCCAGCCGCUCUAACAUACGGUUGUUCUCAUACACUUCAACUAGACCAUUCAUAACAGAUCUCUUUAGGGAUAGAAAGACUCUUGAACAAAGAAACGACCAACUUGCUGAAAAGAAUGCUGUUGAAGCCUCAUCUCCAGAAGAAGAUGUCUACAAGAAAGAUUCCAAGAUUGUAUUUUUGACCAAAGAAAAUUCCCCAGAUUUCAAGCAUUUCAACAUGGAAACCGACAUGCCAGGAUUCAAAAUUGAACAAUGGAAAUCUCAAAUAGUAAAGAAACAAGACAUUGAAGCCAAGUAUUCACCAGAAUUAUUGAAAGAUGUUAUCACUCAAUCCUACACCGAAGUCAGUGGUGCUGCACAAGUGGCGGACUUUGCCUCUGUUGAAUUGAAUGACUUACAACUCCGUUUCAACCUUGCCAAAUCUUUGCAACAAAAGUUGGGUUUUGAUAUUAGUGAUUACAUCUUUUCUAAAUCCCACAACUUGGAACUCUUACAUUCCCAAUUAUCUGAGUUAGUCUCAAUCAGAUACACUAACGAAAGAAACCCUAACGCUAUUGCCUUGCGUCCAGAAGAUUUCACCGCUGGUAACGUCUACCUUAAUGAAGAACUUAACUCUCAACAACAAGAAAAGGCAUUUGCCAAACUCGUACAAGAGGCAAAGAAAGCCGAAGCUUCCGCAUAAAUAUUAUAAAGAAAUGUUUGAGUUCAUUUCAAGAAUUCAUAUACAUAUUUAUAUAGCAAUCAAUACAUCCUGUAAAUAUAAAAGCUCGGUUACAAAAGUAUAAAUAAACAAUAUUAAC